AUGAGUAACGAUACAGACAUUGACGAAGAUGUUAUUCUUAUAUGGCUGCAAUCUGGCCAUAGAGAAGCAAUGAAUAUACUGGAACCAUCUUCUAUUGGAAUACGUGUCUAUGAAUUCGACGACGCUGAUGAAUUUAUGCAACAUUUAAUAUCGUUGUCUGCAGCACACAUAGUUAUCUUUGUAUGGCUUGGGCGCGGUUGGAAUCACCUCAUUGAUGUUUUACAUGACUGCGAACAAGUUAACUACAUAUAUCUUAGCGAGCCAUCUGAACAAAAAUGUGUACACAAGGUCCGUGGAAUAUACACCGACGUGGCGGGAUUACUCCAACAAGUUUUAACUGAUGCACGUGCCUGUCAACUAAAUCAGUCAACUCAUCUGGAUGUAUUCGACAGUUUGGAGACGCCCAUCAUGGAAAAUCAAAAGGGAAGUGUUGCUCGUUCCAUGUGGUCGCAAACACUUUUGCAAGGCCUACUUCGUAUGCCGCGUCCGACUGCUGAUGCGCACCGAGAAAUGCUUGACGAAGCACGUCGCUUUUACCGAAACAAUCCAGCUCAGAUUGCCCAGAUUGAUAAUUUCCAACAAAAUUAUCGAGCUGGUGACGCUAUCCGCUGACUUGCCGAUUUCUGCAGUCAGACUGGUGAUGAGGAGAAAGCAAGACAAAUAAUAAAACUUCUUAAACCAGAUGCCCAGGAGAGUUCGAGAGAGAUUUAUCAUGCUAUGUUUCGUCUCACAGAUGCAAAACAACAUUCAAACAAGUUAGCUGAUCUUAUUCCUUAUUUUAUGAAUGUCAUGACAGAAACUUCACAGUCACUGCAAGAUCUCAAACGUGUUCCACAUGCAUCCAAUGACCUACGGUGUGUGCUCUCUUCGCUGCAAGAGCAUAUCACAACUUUUACAUCGACAAUAAGUUCAGAAAACGAUAUGAAAGAACUUGAAAGAGUACCUGAAAUAGCUACAUCAUUAAUGUCUUGGUUCGAGGAAAUCUCACCUUCACUACCAAUACCUCGCUCACAUCCAGUGUUUACAAGACUUCAGCUGAUAAAAGGCGCACUUGAAAGUCAGCAAGGUAGACAUGAGCAAGCGUUGAGUGUUUUCGAAGCAUAUCUCACUUCUUCUACUAGCUCCCUCCUGAGCCACGACAACUUGAUCGAGAAAUCGACUCUGAUCCAGAUGGCCGAAAGUGCCGCCGCCCUCGGUAACGAAGAACGCUCACGAGAAAUCCUAGAAACUGUACUGACGUCGACAGAACCUCAAGCAAGUACACUUCAAGAACUGGCUAGAUAUUAUCAAAGACGCGGCGACUUACCUAUGGCAAUUGCAUAUUAUCGCGCGGUGAUUGAAGACCGAAAACUACCCCCAAACUCAAUUGUAAUUGUGACUGCAUACUCUAUGAUCGGCUCGGCAUUCAUCGAACUCAAGAACAACAAUCUAGCAUUAUGGAACUAUCGUCAAGCUCGUGAUCUUUUACUGGAGCAUCAUCCGCCAACACAUCGAUUGUUGCCAGAAUUAGAAAAUUCAAUUCGUCUAUCGGAGCUUAAACUGCAAAUGGAGUCUCUUAUAGCAAUGCUUGAUCAAACGAAGUAG